GGUGGCGGGGGGUGGGGGUUGAGGGGCACCCACCCGCCCGCCCGCCCGGCGCCGCACCCGGCACACGGAUUUACGGCGCGGACUGCAGCUUCGGAAGCGGCCCCCGCAGGGAUGGAGGGAUGUGUGUACAGCUGUGAACAGCAGGAGCAUGGCACAGACCUGUGGGGAGAGAUGUGAAGGUGUUUCCCUGCGAAGACACAGAGGGACCACCCACAGGCCCUGGAGGAGUGUGAGGUCUCACUAGGAAGAGUAGAACUCCUCUUCCUGUCCCGCCAGCCAGGUCUGCCUGCUGCUUGGUCACAUUUCCCAGGAUCUGCACCAGGAUUUGAGGCUUGGCACCUGGAGGUGUAUUAGUGCCACUGGGUUGCUGGAGAGCCUGACAAUGAUGGGGGACCCACCACAGAAGAGGGACAUGCCUCCAGGAGGCCCUGCAUGCCUGUGAGCCCUGGCUGCUGGUGGUAGAGGGUGCCUGGGGCUGAGCUCCUUGGCCAGGCUGGGGCUGGAGCCAGAGCCGUGGUGCUUGCAGGGCACAGCCAACCGAGACCGAAGAGCUGGGGUGGGGUCUGUGGGGUUGGCCCAGAGCCUCGUCAGAGUGGGUCUGCUGGCUGAGCCACUGCUCCACUGGGGACCUCUUCCUUGGGCUGGGGGACCGAGCAGGACUACUCCCCUAGUGCCAGCACAGAGGGAGAGCUGCUCAUCUCAUCAUGGUGCUGCCACCACCCGACAAGCGCCACGUCUGUCUGACCACCAUAGUCAUCAUGACCAGCAUGGCCUUCAUGGACGCCUACCUGGUGGAGCAGAACCAGGGGCCACGCAAGAUUGGCGUCUGCAUCAUCGUGCUGGUGGGGGACAUCUGUUUCCUGAUCGUGCUGCGCUACGUGGCGGUGUGGGUGGGGGCAGAGGUGAAGACGGCUAAGCGGGGCUACGCCAUGAUCCUGUGGUUCCUCUACAUCUUUGUGCUGGAAAUCAAGCUCUACUUCAUCUUUCAGAAUUACAAAGCCGACAAGAAGAACUUGGAGACAGUGGCCAGGAAAGCCCUGACCCUGCUCCUCUCCAUCUCUGUGCCAGGGCUCUACCUGGUGCUGGUGGCCUUGGACAGCAUGGAGUACAUACGGACCUUUCGGAAGAAAGAGGACUUGCGGGGACGCCUCUUCUGGGUGGCUCUCGACCUGCUGGAUAUCUUGGACAUCCAGGCCAACCUGUGGGAGCCACACAGGACUGGCCUACCUAUCUGGGCAGAGGGGCUCAUGUUCUUCUAUUGCUACAUACUCCUCCUGAUCCUGCCUUGUGUGUCCCUCAGUGAGAUCAGCAUGCAAGGGGAGCACAUUGCCCCACAAAAAAUGAUGCUUUACCCAGUCCUAAGCCUGGUCACCAUCAACAUCGUCACCAUCUUCAUCCGGGCCAUCAACAUGAUCUUGUUCCAGGACAGCAGGGUCUCCACCAUCUUUAUUGGCAAGAACAUCAUUGCCAUUGCCACCAAGGCGUGCACUUUCCUCGAGUACAAGCGGCAGGUGAAGGAGUUUCCCCAGAAUGCUAUCGCCUUGGAGCUCCAGCAGAACUCCCUCUCCCACAACCAGACCAUCCACAGCACGCAGGGCAUCCCCCACGAGCCAUCGCCUACCAGCGAGAUCCUUGACACAUGAGGGAUCACCCCCAGCUGAGCAUUGGUUCAGACAGCCCCGUGCCCAGUGGAGGAGGGAUGCUGCUCUCUUGCUGCGUGGGGCAAGUGCGACGGACAAAUCCUGGCAGCGAGGGCUCUUCUAGGCACAAAACACCAACCACAUUUUAAUUGAGCUAUGGAGUGUCCCCUAGACGUCUUCAUCUCAGGUAUAACCCUAGGAGUCCUCCAGACAAACCAAAUGAACUUGCAAAGGACCUGAACCAGCUAACCCUCUCCCUCCUAUCAUCUUUUUUUCCCUCCCAGUCAAAGACCACUAAGGUUACAAUGUCCCUUUUUACUCCUUGAGCACCUCACCUUUACUCCAAGCCUGGAACAAGAUUUUGUUACUGGAGAUCUUUUUAUGGAGUGGGGACAGGGACAUAGGUGUGUGGGGAAGGGGGGGAGGGAAGGACGUUUGAACCAGUAAACCCUGUGAUCGUAGAUGUCUCUUAUCUCCAAUGGUUGUGUUUACAGUUUUCUAUUUAUAACAGCUCUGGGGGGGGGAGCUCCUGGGCAACCCAGGGGCUUGUGUCCUUGCAGUGGGUGGUGGGCAAGAGCAGCCAGCCUUGCGGCAUGGAGUGAGGCUGGGGGAGCUGGCAUGGGUGCCCCACUCCAAGGCGAGGGGGGCUGCAUCUCCACCAGCAUGCUACACCAACUCUGCUGGGAGCAAUAUCUGACAAGCUAAAACGCUGGUGGUUUAUGUAUUUCAUUCACUCCCAACAACUCAGCACAAUAUUUCUAUUUUUGGAAGGGUCUCUGUCUCUCUCCUCCCUGCCUGCAGCAGCUGCUGCAGCUGCUCAGGCCCUGCCAGUACAGGCACCCCCAGGAAGGCUUCACCGUAAGGGUGGCAAUGACGCAUUUUGCUCCAGCAUUGAGCCUUGGUAAAAGAGGGCUGCUUGCCACAGCUACUGUAUUGUUUAAAUGAAAUAAGCAACAACAACAACAGCAACAAAACCAACCAAAAAAACCCAACAACAAACCAACAGUUUCCCAAAAAGAGCCAGGAAGGAUGCAUUACCUCGAGCAGGGCACGGCCACGGGUCCCUUCCACCAGUGUGGCAGGCAGCUUGGCUGGCUGCAGGCAGUGGGGUGGGAGGCGAGGGCCAGCUGGAUAAUAAAAGCCCCUUGAGAGCAA